CUAUUAAUCAAUUUUUGGUUUUUGUUGACAUACUCAGUGAAUUAUGUAAAUUAAAUUUGGAGUGGUACCGAUCAUGCGUGAAUUGCCAAUGCAGUUUCUUGUGCUGGCGACGUUCUUAACGAUUCUCCUCCCAAAUUGUGCCAGUCUAACCGAAGACGAUUCUGGUUAUACAGCGGAUGAAAAACAGAUUAUGAUACAAAAUUUAGAGAAAUUUAUGUUAACGCGUCUUGGUAUUGAUAAAUUGAAGCCAGUAACGACGGAGGAUCCAUUAGUUGUACCUGAUAAUUUGUUGCAAUUAUAUAAUAAUUUAAGAAAUAUGGAUCAAGACACUGUUGCCAUACCGAAACAUGGAAUCCAUUCGAAUACAGCAAAUACUGUUCGAAGUUAUACUCAUGCAGAAAGUGCAAAUGAAAUAGAUAAUCAAGAUCAUACGAGGAAAAGGCUCUACUUCAAAAUUGAUAGCAAGGAGAAUGAAACGUUAAAAGCAGCCGAAUUAAUAUUAAAUCGUGACACAUUAUCCGUAACGAAUCCCACACAUCAAAUAGUCAAAGUUUAUGAUAUUGUACGACCUGGAAUACGUGGAAAAUCUGAAGCAAUAUUACGAUUAAUCGAUCGUAAAAUGGUUGACGUUCGACAGAAUAGUUCAAUUAGCUUAGAUUUGUUACCAGCCGUACAACGGUGGAUCGAGACACCAAAGCGUAAUUAUGGUGUAGUAGUACAUGUAUCCAAAAUUAAGGACACAACGUCGCCGCAUAUCCGGAUACGACGAUCUUUAAAUGAGAACCACACAAACUGGUUAUCGAAACAACCCUUUUUAUACGUUUAUACCGAUGAUGGGAAGGAGCGCCAGUUAAAUCGUAAUUUAAAGAAACGAUCAACGCGACUAUCGGGGAAGAAGAAGAAUGAAAACCGUGCAUGCAGGCGUCAUCCGUUGUAUGUUAGUUUUAAAGAAGUUGGUUGGGCAAAAUGGAUAAUCGCUCCAGAAGGUUACGAUGCAUAUUAUUGUCAUGGUGUAUGUUCGUUUCCGUUUGCUGAUUACAUGAAUGCAACAAAUCAUGCGAUUGUACAAACAUUAAUCCAUGAUUUAUUCCCAAACGGUGGGAUUGUAGUACCCAGAGCUUGUUGCGUUCCAACGAAGUUAUCGGUAAUGUCUAUGUUAUACGUAGACGAUGAAUUUGAACAUAAAUAUGUGCUGAAAAAUUAUAGAGACAUGGUUGUAGAAGGUUGUGGGUGUCGGUGAAACGAACUAUUUUAGCUUAGUGUUGUGAUUCUACGAGAAAAAAAAAACAUUUCAACGAAAAUUAUUGCUUUAAAAAUUGUGUAGACAAAAUUGAAAAAUAGCGGCUUCGAAAUAAAAUGUAUAUUGCGCAAUUGCAUUACGAACUCUAAAUGAUGUAAAUAUUGUAAUUUUUAAUUAAUACUUGAUGUAAAUCUGUCUUGUGUAGUAAUUUUUAACAAUGUGAAAAUGUCUUGAGACUGAGAUGCUCUGCCCCAGUGUGUUUAUAUUAAUUAUUUCUUUUGUAUAAUUUUUCAAGUCAUGUUAAAUGAAAAAAAAAGUACCUGGACAAGGAAUAUUUAUUUAAGAAAGCAAAAAAAAGAAAAAAAAAACUUUGUGCAUAUGUAUAGAGAAAAAUCAUGUAUAUAGAAAAUUUUGUUUUAAGAAAAUUUAAAUUAAUAUAUUUUGUACUGACUUAGUAAGGUAACAAGGCCCAUUUGUAUACAUGCAGAAUUAUUUCAUUUCGCUUUUAAUGAAAUCAUACUCGAAUUUAUAUGACAUCAGAAAACUAGAAUCAAAAUAACUUCAAUUGUGAAGGUCCCAUUGCAUUAAACAACAUAGCGGUUACUUCAAUAAGCAUUCGAACAUUGAAUGUAGUCGCACAUAUUAAGAAAGUCUCGCUCUGGCUGCUGGCAGCCAAUCGGCUGUUUUGUAUUCAAACAUGUUCUAUGCUUUUUCUAAUAAUCCAUUAUAUUUCCGAUUGACUGUCGCAGACAGCCUGAUUAGUGUGCGAGAGUCUUACUAGUUUGCAUUUAUCAUUAUUUUAGCUUACAAAAUGAUAAAAAGCUGUGACUUCAUAUGAAAUCGGCCUACUUAGCUUUAAACAAAAUAUAGACGUGUCAAAUAGCUUUGUUAGAAAAUUAUAGGAUGUUUUUUUAUUUUAAUCAGUAAAAAAUAAAAAAUACCUUAUUAGUUAGUAUUUUGUCUUCCAGGAUGACAAAUGGAAAAAUGUAAUCAUUCUGCGUGUUGAUGGUAAACCUUAUCUUUUAAAAAUAGUUAAUUUUAAAGCAAGCACAAUCCAAGUAUAUUGGAUGUAUUUUAAGUCGGGCCAAUAGCAAUAAAUAUUUGGCAUUUGUCAUCUUUAUCGAAAUUAUUAUUAUGGAGGCUAGCAAUACCAAAAUUGUUUCAUUCGAAAAUAUUCAUACGUUCAUCCCAAAUAUAUAUUGUUACGGACCCGACUUUAAACAGAAAAUUUUAUUUAGUUUAACACAUUGGUGUUAUGGGCAGAAAUAUAAUAUUUUCACGGGAUAAAAUGUUACAUGUAAGCUUGUUGCUGUUGUUUUUUUUGGAAUGCUCCAAUGUAUGGACUGAUUGACGCUUGCAAUUAUUUGUAAUAAAUAUUUGUUCUUUUAUAACG